CCUCCCUAUUUCCUCCUCGUCCAUCCUCUCACACCUCGCCCAGCCACUCUCCUCGCGUCGCAAGCUCCCAUUCACCGCCAUUUCAUACGUAUCGACUGCCUGUGCUCUCUUCGCUGUUCAGCCUCCAUAGUGCCCCUCGUUCCCGUCUAUGGCCGGCUAUUUCUCCAACCACUCCCAGUCGCGCUUCCUCGCCAACUCAACCUCGCAGUCGACCACCACGCAGACCACGACCACGCCGAACCCUGCGCCGGCCCCGCGCUCGCGUGUGCCGUCGUCCAAGCAUUUCUCUACCUUUGUGCCACCUGCCUCGGGUGACGAAAAGUCUUCGAGCAAAGACAAAGCUUCCACGAACGGGAGCCGCAAUGGCAGCCCCGUAGUUCACCCUCUGCGACAUACUUGGGUGUUCUGGUUCCGCCAGCAGCGCGGGCCGGGGACUAAAAUCACCAACUAUGAGGAAGGCAUAAAGAAGAUAUCUGCUUUCAGCUCUAUUGAGUCGUUCUGGUCUCUCUGGACACACCUCAACCCGCCGUCCAGCCUGCUACCUACGACCGACUACCUGCUCUUCCAUUCUGGUAUCCGCAGACCGGUCUGGGAGGACCCACUUAACAUUUCGGGCGGGAAGUGGAUCAUACGCCUCCGAAAAGGCAUUGCCGACCGCCUUUGGGAGGGUCUCGUCCUCGCAUCACGGUGCGGGGGCGAUGCGCCUCAGGGGGAUUGGCCGGAGAUAUGUGGCUGCACGAUCAGCGUGCGCCAGAACGAGGACAUCAUCUCUAUUUGGAACAGACGGGAGGACGCGCGGGUGAAGGAAGCAGUCAAAGAAACCAUCAGGCGGGUACUCAACUUACCGUCGACUACGGUUAUGGAAUACAAGUCGAAUACCGACUCCAUGCAGGACAAGUCCAGCUUCCGUGUUCCCGCCAGCACGGACCGCACUCCGUUGUCAUGACACGGUCUUGGGUCCUGUCCGCUUCGUGAGGUCAUGGUCGUGACCGAACUCUUUCCGUCGGACAAAGACGACAAACCUAAUUGUAGCCUUAUAUCUAUGCUAUUCGCUUGGGUCAGUGAGCUGCGAGUAUAUCUCUGGCGUCCGUGGAACAGCAGUGCGUUGAUUGCGUUAUGUCCGGCCGCGUCU